AUUCCUUCUAAUAGGAGAUACUUUUUUCAGAUUGCAGAUGCUCUUUACUACAACGGAGCACUGACUCUCAGCAUAUUGCAAAAGCUAGGUGUUGCAUCAGAAAUCUUCCAUCUAUGGUUCCUGUUACUGCAACAAGUUAAGAAGAGUGGAAUGCGUGCUAAUUUUAAAAGGGAACAUGAAAAGAAAGUAUGCUGCCUUGGUUUGACAUCAUUACUGGCACUCCGUUCUGAUCAAUUACCGGCAGAGGCUUUAGGAAGGGUGUUCCGAGCAAAUCUUGAUCUUCUAGUUGCAUACAAAGAUCAAGUUGCAGAAGCUGCUAAGGAGGAACAAGCUGAAGAUGAUGAUGAUAUGGAUGGUUUUCAAACUGAUGACGAAGAUGAGGAUGGCAGUGGUUUUGACAAAGAAAUGGGAGUUGAUGCUGAUGAUGGGGAUGAUGCUGAUACUAUCACACUUCGAAAGUGGGCUGAGCAGGCGAAGUCAUUCCGGCCCAAUGAUGAGGAUGAUGAUGAUUCAGAUGAUGACUAUAGUGAUGAUGAAGAGUUGCAGUCCCCAAUUGACGAUGUUGAUCCUUUUGUAUUCUUUGUGGAUACAAUCAAAGUGAUACAAUCAUCGGAUCCAUUGAGGUUUGAGAACCUCACCCAGACGCUUGAGUUCAAUUAUCAAGCUCUCGCCAAUGGCGUUGCCCAGCAUGCCGAGCAGAGAAGGGCAGAAAUUGAAAAGGAAAAGCUAGAGAAGUCAACGGCUGCUACAACUUCCUAAGAUUCUGAGUGUACAUUAGUACUGUUGCUUAUUUUAUUCUCAAGUUCUCAGAUGUUACCCAUUCUUUAGGAGAGAAUCAGAGGGUUGCCUAUAUUUGAGGCAUUUGUCGGCUUUGUGAUCGCCAGUUGGGGUUUGAUCAUGAAGAGUUUGCAGUUUUGAAGUGCUUGGAGAUCUCUGCAACGAAGCCCCCAUUGAUGACUAUGGGGAGGGGUGAUGCAUUGAGGAACUGUGGAGUUAGCACUUUCUCCAGGUUUUAGUUCAACUUAUUAUUUGGUGCUUUGGGCUGUGUUUUUGGAGUAAAGUGCCCAUUCUUGCCAAGACU